CAAGGCUCUCUGACUGACUCCUUGGCUUAGCGGCUAAAGACUGAUGCUGCCUGAUCGCCUCAGAAGUCCCAAAACCAUCACGGAUGCUGAGCUUCGGAUAACUCUCACAGUGGAAGAGGGAGCACUAUGUCUGCAGAAGUCCUGGAGGCAGCCUCUGCGGAGGAGCAGAAGGAAAAGGAAGAUAAAGUGACUAGUCCAGAUAAAGCUGAAGAAGCAAAAUUAAAAGCAAGAUAUCCUCAUCUGGGACAAAAGCCUGGAGGUUCAGAUUUCUUAAGGAAGCGAUUGCAGAAAGGGCAAAAAUAUUUUGAUUCUGGGGAUUACAACAUGGCUAAAGUAAAAAUGAAGAGCAAGCAACUUCCUACUGCAGCUCCGGAUAAGACAGAGGUCACGGGUGACCACAUUCCUACUCCACAGGACCUUCCUCAACGGAAACCAUCCCUUGUUGCUAGCAAGCUGGCUGGCUGAUUAAAAGAGCUGAACUGCAUGAAUCUGCUAAUUCCCAUUAUUUCUCUUUAAUAUGUUACUUACCUACUUUUUAUUUCCUUUCAUUCACGAAGUCAUUUGAGACUGACAGCUUUGCAGGUAUCAGUAAUGUGUGCUGCUAUUGUGGAAUAUACAUAUGUAGAGUUUUUGAUUAGUUUAACAGUGCACUGGUGAAGAGUACAUGUCAGAGCAACACAAGUAAACUACUUGAAAAUAAUUGUAUUACCUAACUCCUAGUGUAGUACUGGUUCUAACAAGUAACAAGCAAGUUUUAAAAUUUUAAUGUUUUGAUUUUCAUUACUUCAUCUUAAUUAUAGCUUUGUAUGUUACUCUUUUUAAUAUACUCUCUAUUGUAUUGAUUUCUUCUGUAUUUACCUUUGGAUUUUGUAAAACAGAAGUUUAAGACCACAAGUUAGAAGAAAGGUCACCUAUUUCAAACACAACUAGAUGGGGCUCCGCAAGAUUUGUAUCUCUGUGCUUGAACUUGAAUGGCCUUGAACCUGUUUCAGCUUUAACAGUAGAAUUUUACUUGGGCAAUAUUUGUCCAUUCUGGUGUAACUUAUGUGACCCUAGUGCUUUAACAGCUGCCGUUGAAGCUAAUAUUCUUAUUCAUUUCUGUAGAGUUAGAAUACCUUUUGUUGUUGAAGAUGUGCAUUGAUUGUU